AAUCGCCCUCCGACCUUUAAAAAGUUCACUGUUUCUGUCCUUACAGGAUCUUUUUGCAGUGGGACGUGUGAGCUGCCGCCUGAUUUUUGUCUCCAAAUCCCCAGCAUUAUGUCCAAUUUAAAGGAGUUAUGCAGUGGUUUACCUCUGGACCCUUUGCCACCGAACCAGGGAAGAGAUCCCAGUUUGCCACAUGCUCCUAUUCGGACUCCAAACCUCACCGCAGAAGAAGAGCGGUUGGCGCUGAGAAAUGCUCUGCGUUAUUUCCCUCCCUCUGUCCACGCAACACUCGCACCUGAGUUUGCCCAAGAGCUGCGGCAGUACGGACACAUCUACAUGUACCGCUUCUGCCCCACUCUGCGCAUGAGAGCUCUCCCCAUCGAUCAGUACCCAUGCCGCACACGCCAAGCAGCCUCUAUUAUGUUAAUGAUUAUGAACAACCUGGACCCAGCAGUUGCUCAGUUUCCUCAGGAGCUCGUCACAUACGGAGGUAAUGGACAGGUGUUCAGUAACUGGGCCCAGUUCCGCCUGGUGAUGCAUUACCUGAGUGAGAUGACCGAGGAGCAAACUCUGGUCAUGUACAGCGGUCAUCCUAUGGGCCUGUUCCCCAGCCUGCCUUCCUCGCCUCGUGCCAUCAUCACUAACGGCAUGGUUAUUCCAAACUACUCUUCCAGAGACCAGUAUGAAAAGAUGUUUGCCCUCGGUGUAACUAUGUAUGGUCAAAUGACUGCAGGCAGCUACUGCUAUAUUGGACCUCAGGGGAUUGUUCAUGGCACGAUGCUGACUGUGCUGAAUGCCGGCCGCAGGUACCUGGGCUCCGAUGACUUGAGGGGUCGUGUUUUCGUCACCUCUGGCCUCGGCGGCAUGAGUGGAGCUCAGGCCAAAGCUGCCGUCAUUGCUGGCUGCAUUGGUGUGAUUGCAGAGGUGGACGAGGCUCCUCUUAGAAAACGACACGAGCAGGGCUGGCUGAUGGAGGUCACCAGCAACAUAGAGCACUGCAUUCAGCGAAUCAGAGAGGCAAAGAGCUCCAAAACAGCCCUCAGUCUGGGUUACCAUGGCAACAUUGUAGACCUGUGGGAGCGGCUGCUGCUGGAGUAUGAGAGAACCGGGCAGCUCCUGGUGGAUCUGGGUUCAGACCAAACCUCCCUUCACAACCCGUUCAACGGCGGCUACUACCCAGUCCAGCUCGCCUUUCGCCAGGCAAACCAACUCAUGACGACUGAUCCUAACCGUUUCCGUACGAUGGUCCAAGAAAGCCUCAGGAGACAAAUAAAGGCCAUCAAUAAGCUUACUGACGCUGGUUUGUUCUUCUGGGACUAUGGCAACGCAUUUCUCCUGGAGGCACAGAGAGCUGGAGCAGAGGUAGAAAAAGUUGGCGGAGGAGCAACGGAGUUUCGAUAUCCUUCUUAUGUACAACACAUUAUGGGGGACAUUUUCUCUUUGGGCUUCGGCCCAUUUCGCUGGGUGUGCACAUCUGGUGAUGCACAAGAUCUUGUCGUGACAGAUGACAUCGCUGCUACGGUGCUGGAGGAAAUAAGUGCCAACGUGUCCGAUCGUAUCAGGCAGCAGUACAAUGAUAACAUCUACUGGAUCAGAGAGGCUGGGAAACACAAAAUGGUUGUGGGAUCCCAAGCCAGAAUCCUUUAUUCUGACCAGAGAGGGAGAGUCUGCAUUGCUUUGGCGAUCAACCAGGCUAUCGCUGAUGGAAGAGUUUCAGCUCCUGUGGUUAUUAGCAGGGACCAUCAUGACGUUAGUGGCACAGACAGCCCCUUUAGAGAGACCUCUAAUGUGUAUGAUGGCUCUGCCUUCUGUGCAGACAUGGCAGUCCAGAACUUUGUUGGUGAUGCAUUCAGGGGCGCCACAUGGGUAGCGCUGCAUAACGGAGGUGGUGUUGGCUGGGGAGAGGUAAUGAACGGAGGCUUUGGCUUGCUGCUGGACGGCUCAGAGGAGGCAGCAAAGCGUGCUAAGCUCAUGCUCAACUGGGACGUCUCCAACGGGGUGGCUCGCCGCUGCUGGUCUGGUAACACAAACGCCUACGAGACCAUCCAGCGCACCAUGGAGGAGAACAGGCAACUGCGUGUCACCAUGCCCUUCCCUGUGCAGGAUGAUGCUGUGCUGGACCGUGCUCUGCAGGGCUAACAACUCAGCUGUCAUCAACCAACUACAGCUAUCUGCAGCCACACAGCAAAGGAAACCUGCGGCUUUCAUCACGUCAUCAGCCGCAGAGACAACACAACUCACUGAAACCCUGCAAAAUAAUAUAAAUUAUGUUACACAAGUCGUUUGCAGUUAAUUCACAGAAUGCAAAGUCGUGUUUAAAGUUCACUUUAGGAAUUUGAUAUGCACAUAAUGUGUAUUUUUGUGCUAAAAUCAAAAUUGAAGCCUGUAUAAAACAUGUGUCCUUCAAUAAAUGAGGCAUUUGUGUCUAGAUCGACAGACAUA